CAUAGAGUGCACAAAAACAGUGCAGUCUCUGUCACCCUGGAUGUGAAAACGGCGGGUCCGAUGCUCGAGGUGUCUGAUGAUCAGAAGAGUGUGAGAUGGACCUGGCUCCCGAGGGAUCUCCCGGACUCCAGGAAGAGGUUUACAAACUGGCCUUGUGUGCUGGGAUCGGAGGGAUUCACUUGGGGGAGACAUUACUGGGAGGUGGAGGUGGCAGGGAAUCGGAGCUGGUGUCUGGGAGUUGCUGCAGAAUUCGUUGAGAGGAAGGAGUGGGUUGAUCUGAUACCGGAGACUGGAUUCUGGAGCAUCAGGCGGACUAGUGAUGAAUUUAAUGCAUCAACGUCCACUCGAUCCCGUCUCCCUGCCAGUCCCAUCCCCGGGAGGGUGGGAGUUUUUCACGGUUACGAGUUCAGGACAGUUUCAUUUUACAACACGGAGACCAAGUCCCAUCUCCACACCUUCACUGGGAAUAAAUUCAUGGGGAAACUUUAUCCUUUCUUCUGGACUGUGGAUGAAAACCAGUGGCUGAGAAUCUGCUCCGGUUCUGCUCCGGGUCUGUAAUUGGGUCAGAUUCUGGGACUGCCAUCAUGAGCGGGUCUCAGAGGCUGUGGGGUAGAAACCCCAUCGAGA